AUGAAGCGCUUGUCUGUGAUCGUGGAGAGGGAUGGCGCGACCGGCGACGACGGCAAGCAAUCAGCCGAGAGAUCCGCCGUCGCCCGGCCGUCUCGGGUGGUCUACGUGGUAUUUCUCGCCACCAUGUUCUGGGGCGUGAUAUUCCUCCUCCACGACCACGACUGCACCAGCUCGGAACUAGGCAACAACGCAGCCUUCUUCUCCCGCUUGGAGAAGCUCCAGCUCGUGCUGUCGGACAAGUGCGCCGGCCGGUACGUGUACAUGUACGACCUGCCGCCACGGUUCAACGCCGACCUCGUCCGCGACUGCCGCGAGGUAAUGUGCAAACAAAUGGCCAACGGUGGAUUCGGCGCACCCAUCACAGAGGCAGAGGGCGGCGGCGCGCUUCCUGAGAGGGGAGCCUACGACACCGACCAGUUCAUGCUGGCCUUGAUCUUCCACGCCCGGAUGAAGCGGCACGAGUGCCUGACGUCCGACCCCGCCGCCGCCGCCGCCGUGUUCGUCCCGUUCUACUCCGGGCUGGACGUGGAGAGGUUCCUGUACUUGGACCAGGAGAACCCCGACGUCGCGGCCAUGGACGCCCUGCCGCGCGACCUCGUGGAGUGGCUCAUCGCGCGGCCGGAGUGGCUCAUCGCGCGGCCGGAGUGGCGCGUCAUGGGCGGGCGCGACCACUUCAUGGUCGCCGGCCGCAUCAUCUGGGACUUCCUCCGCGAGCCCGGUUUCACCGGCAGGGGUGGCAACUCCCUCCUGACCUUCCCCGCGAUCCGCAACCUCACGGUGCUCGGCGCGGAGGCCAGCCCGUGGCACGGCAUCGACUUCGGCGUGCCAUACCCGUCGCACUUCCACUUCUCCUCCGACGCCGACGUCACCAGCUGGCAGGGCCGCAUGCGGCGGGCGGAGCGCAAGUGGCUCUGGGGGUUCGCGGGCGCGUCCCGCCCCAGCAGCAAGAAGACGAACACCGUGCGCUCCCAGAUCAUCGAGCAGUGCGGCAGGUCCAGCCGCUGCGCCAUGUUCGGGAGGACUACAACAGCAUACACGCCGGGCCGGACCAUGAAGCUGCUGGAGAGCGCCGAGUUCUGCGUGCAGCCGCGAGGGGACUCCUUCACGCGCAAGUCCACCUUCGACAGCAUCCUCGCCGGCUGCAUCCCGGUCUUCUUCCACCCCGUCUCCGCCUACCUGCAGUACAUCUGGCACCUGCCCAGGGACUACCGGAGCUACUCGGUGUUAAUCAACCACGGCGACGUCGAAAACAAGAACGCCAGCAUUGAAGAGGUGCUCGCCAAGAUACCGCCGGCCAAGGUGGCACAGAUGCGAGAGCAGGUCAUCCGGCUUAUACCCACCGUCAUGUACAGGGACCCGGCGGCCAAAGGCGUCACGCUCAAGGACGCCUUCGACAUCGCCGUCGAUGCAGUCAUCCGCCGGGUGGACAAGCGCCGGCAGGCUGCGGCGGAGGGCCGGGAGUACCAGGACAGCUUCGACGGAGGCAAUAGCUGGAAGCACGACUUGCAAGAGAAUGGAGACAACGAUAUUGGUCCACACGAGUUUGAUCCCUACUUUUAG